AUGAAGGUCGAGCCUUCGGAACGCAAACUCCCGCAAUGGCAGCUAGAGAGGAUCGAUCAGCUGGCCGGCAGUGCCAACGUUGCGCUUACCUCGUUUGAUCACCUCGACUCGCAGAUCAACGAUCGGGUCUUGUUCAGCGUCGUGAUGUCGCAGGUAGCUCCAAAUGUCUGCAUCGACGCGACACACAUACAGCCGGACUCGCUCACACAUGGGAUAAGAGAGGCGCGGCGGAUGAUUAAGGAGAAGGAGGGUCGUAUAAGCGGAUGGAUGUGGGGUGAUUUGGAAGCGCGUAUCACGCCUCACUUGAACAGAAGCUGGUUAGUGGAGGCGUUAGGGAAGAUGGAAGGUGUCUCCCAGCUACAGCCGCUCGUGUAUACUUAUACUCUGUGA